AUGGAGGAAGAAAAAGAAAUGCUUUCUAGAAUAGAAGCGUUAAUAAAUAGCAAGUUUGAGACUUUUGAGCAGCGUAUGAGUGACACACAGAAGGAAUUAUCUCAGUCGCAGUUAUCACAUCGUCAAAAAUGUAUAAAGCUGACAGACUCGUCUGAACACGGUUGGAAUGUUGUUAAUGAGUAUGAAGCUCAUCCGCUCGCAGACAAUUCUGACGAUGAGAAAAAGAUUUAUAAAGCCCAGAUGCAAGCAGAACGUAAAGUUCAACGGGAGCGACGCACGAGAAGCAGACGGUAUGCUCCGUAUUCGUUAUCCGGUAACCCCUCCAGCGGUACUACACCACCAACAGGGACGAGAUCACAGGCACAGAUGGUCAACAGGAAACCUGGCUGUUUGCGUGUCGAUUGUCGUGUGGCACAGACUGAGUCUCAAGUGGACAAAAAUAUACAGAUAAGUCAUUUUGAUAGUGUAUUUUCUUGUAGUAAAUUGAACUCCGGGGUGAGUGAAAAUGAAAUUUUGUUAGACACAAAAUUGUCAAACAAAACUGAAAUGUUGAGUAAAUCAGUACCGAUAACGAGCGAUAAUGGAGAUGUAUUAGUAUCUCCGGUAGGUAGACUGAGGUCGUCUUAUAAGCAUUGGCAAGCAGCAGGCGCUGGUGAAUAUAUAUUAGAUAUAGUUCGUAAUGGUUAUAAAUUACCUUUUAAAAAGAUUCCUACUUCUGUAGAAUUAAACAAUAAUAAAUCUGCUCGAGAUAAUACAGCGUUUGUUUCAAAGGAAAUUCAAAAUUUAUUGCUAAAAGGUUGUAUCAGAGAGAAACAAAACAUUAAAGAACAUUUAACAUUUAAGGUACCGAGAAUUUAUUCUAUCAACAUCAAGACUGACAUUCAGUUCCGGUUUGCCACAACUCUCAUUUCAAGCCGAGUAGCCAAUCCAGCUAACUAUUCACAAGAGACCCUAUUUGAUGUCAUCCUUCCAGAGGAAGCUUUUAUUUCAAACUUCACUCUAGAAAUUGAUGGUAAGAUCUAUCCAGGAAUUGUAAAAGACAAAGAUGAGGCCAAAAAGGAGUAUGAAAAAGCAAAGAAAAAGGGAAAGACGACGGGGCUUGUCAGUCAAAAGCCACGAGACUCCAGAACAUUCAAGGUCAGGGUCUCGGUCGCAGCUUUCAGCAAAUCUUCCUUCAAUCUAACCUAUCAGGAACUUCUGAAGCGAGUUAAAGGGGCUUACGAGCACAAAGUAUUUAUUAACCCAGGCUACCCUGUUGACGAUAUAAAGAUAAGCGUUGCCAUUCAAGAAUCACGUGAUAUAACACGCCUGACAGUUCCACCAAUCAAAUCACUGAAUGAAUUAUUAACAGCUGAUGUAGAUUUUACAGAAAAUGAUCUUGCUGUGAUAACAAGACCCACAAAAAGAAGCGCAUACAUUCAAUAUUCGGCUUCGAGAAAUGAUCAAAGCACAGAGGGUUUGUCCGGUCAAUUUAUUGUACAGUACGAUAUCGACAGGUCACUAGACGGCGGAGACGUUCUGGUAGUGAAUGGGUAUUUUGUGCAUUUUUUGGCGCCAGAUAUUCAAAAGGCAAUCCCAAAAGACGUUCUCUUUGUGUUGGACAUAAGCGGUUCAAUGAGUGGGCGUAAAAUAAUACAGCUAAAAGAGGCGAUGUAUGUCAUAUUAGAUGAGCUAGAGGAAGGGGACCGUUUCAACAUUAUAACAUUCAAUGGCAAUAGCAAACAAUAUAAAUCCGGCAUGAUCGAUGUGACAAAAGACAGCUUGUUCAAAGCAAAAGAAUUCAUACACUCAGUAUAUGCCAAUGGAUGGACUGAUAUAAACAAGGCUGUUUUGGAUGGAAUUGAUGUACUCAAAGUAUCCAAACAAGAAGGGGAGCGGUCACCGAUCGUCGUAUUUCUGACAGACGGACAUCCAACAUCAGGUGUACAAAAUGACCAGCAAAUCUUGCAGAAUAUUAAUAGAGAUAACGAAGGCGAAAUACCGAUAUUCAGUUUGGCGUUCGGUAGUGAUGCAGACUGGAGUUUAGUGAAAAAAAUGGCCAUUCAAAAUGACGGUGUUGCCAGAAAGAUAUAUGAAGAUUCGGACUCCGAUUUACAGAUAAGCGGUUUCUACGAUGAGCUGGCUGUUACUUUACUUAACAAUGUUACUGUGAAAUACCUCGGUGACUCUGUGGAAGAACAAAGCCUGACCAAAUCGGAAUUUAAAAACUAUUUUCAAGGAUCUGAACUCGUAGUUGCGGGGAAGUUGAACGACGCUGGUGCCCCGACAGUCAACAUGGAAAUUCUAAGUAACAGCGUUGAGGGCUCUUUAAUUUUGACAGGUGACAAGGACUUAAACUUCAUAGAUGUAUCAGAUACCGAAAAUUUAAUGGAUCUCUCCGAUUUCCAAACAAUUACCGAGAAGACUUGGGCAUACCUUACCAUUAAACAAUUACUUAACAGGGCCGAUGGGGAACUGAAUAAGACAGCAGUUGACAUCAUGAAGAGUAAAGCUAAAGAACUUUCUCUACAGUAUGGCUUUGUAACACCUUUGACUUCGAUGGUCGUCACAAAACCUGAAGUGGAUCCAAAUGAAUGGAGACCACCUACCACAACCACGACUCCAAAACCGACAACUGCGAGAUCCUACCACCGGUAUGGAGGUGGAGGGUACGGUGGCGGUGGUGGAGGAGACCCUCACUAUAUGAUCCGCAUAAAGAAUAUGGAGCAUCCGAUCUGCUUUGAUGUACAAAGUAAUGACGGAGAAGUACAUAAUCUAAUAACAGAUCCACGAAAUAAAAUAACUAUAAACACACAAAUCAUAAGUGGGUUGAUGGGAACUGAUGGUGAACCCAAGACGUACAUCGGUGAAGUGUCCAUUAAAAUGGCACACCACAUACUUGUGAUUACAACAAGUGCAAUCAUAUUUGAUACAAAGGUUUUCCCAUGGACAGAAGAGAAACUGAAACAUUUUGGUGGUCACGAAUUUAUGCUGUCUGAUCACGGUCUGUUACUUACAAUACGGUUCAAGUUUGGAGCGGAAAUACUUAUCAGACGACAUGUACACAAAUCAACCGAUACAAGAGCCAAUUAUUUGAACAUCUAUGUUAAACACGAAGAUUCAUUCAACAAAAAGACAACUGGGUUGAUAGGUCAGUUUGUCAACGGAUUUAAGCAUAUUUAUCUCCGCAAACUGUUCAAAAAUAAGAGCGGACAAACAAUGGCUAAACUGCAAAUAAAGGAGGGAGAGAAGUUCCCAUCAAUUAGAGAAAAUCCAAUCGACACAAAGGAUGGAGUAAGUCGUCAAAGAAUUCCUGCACGUCUUAUUCAGCGGUCCGAAGUUAUUGAAAAGGGAACAGAAAUGUGCUGGAUGGUGCACAAAAAAUUCAUAGAAUCGCUCAUUGGCAGCCGUGAAGCUUUUCUUAAAGACGACUUCAUUGAUAUUGAAUAAAGAUAACACUUAUUCAAAUGAAUACUUUACUGUUUCAACGACAUUUUAGUAUUAAAUGAUUACUUACUUAUACACAUUUUUUCAUAGUAAAUGUUAUACAUUUAUCCUAAUCACUGUUUUUGUCAUUUAAGUAUCAUACUAUUAUGACUAUCACAUAUUUAUUAUACUUAGAAAUUCUGACAAAUGUAUCGUCAUCUUUCUCAUUCUAAGUUUUGUCGUAUUAAAUCUCACAAGCUUG